CGAUCACCGCGUCGUGUCCCAUGAACCUGCAAUACUUCCCGAUGGACCGACAGCUGUGUCACAUCGAAAUCGAGAGCUUUGGUUAUACGAUGAGAGACAUCCGGUAUAAGUGGAAUGAGGGACCGAACUCGGUGGGCGUGUCCAACGAAGUGUCCCUGCCUCAGUUUAAGGUGCUGGGACAUCGGCAGAGAGCUAUGGAAAUUAGCCUGACAACAGGUAACUAUUCGAGACUGGCUUGCGAGAUCCAAUUCGUGCGGUCCAUGGGCUACUAUUUAAUCCAAAUCUACAUACCCAGUGGACUGAUCGUCAUCAUAUCCUGGGUGAGCUUUUGGCUGAACCGGAACGCCACGCCGGCCAGAGUGGCUUUGGGUGUCACCACCGUGCUGACCAUGACCACGCUCAUGUCAUCCACCAACGCAGCGCUGCCGAAGAUAUCGUACGUGAAAUCCAUCGACGUGUACCUGGGCACCUGUUUCGUCAUGGUGUUCGCCUCGCUGUUGGAGUACGCCACCGUCGGGUACAUGGCAAAGAGGAUACAGAUGAGGAAAAAUCGUUUCCUGGCCAUACAGAAGAUCGCCGAACAAAAGAAGGGUGGCCACGACACACUAGGUCAUGGACACUCGCAUCAACAGCAGCGCUCCGGUCACGGAAAUAUGUCCGGCCACAAUACGCUGUCCGGUCACAACACGCUAUCAGGCCACAAUACCCUUUCUGGCCACAAUACGCUGUCUCACGGCUUGUCAGGCCACGGCUUGCCACCUUCCCACGGGACUAUGAUGGGCCACGGUGGAUACGAUAGCCAUCGGCACAGUCAUAUUGGCCACGGUGGUCAUGGCGGCACCUUGCCGAGCCAAAUCCUUCCUGGAGAUAUGGACCACGCGCACAGACAAACUGUGAGUGUCAUUCCAACAAGUGAUUUUUUUAUCGGAAAACAAUCUAUAUUCUCUGUUAUACUUGCCACAAUACAUAUAUAA